AUGAAUGACGCGGCCGCGGCCGUUACGCAAGCCCGCGACUGCGCGCAGGAACCUGGCACCCUGGGGGCGACCACUGGGGGCUACUGCCCUACAGCAUUCCCGGAGAUUCAGCCUGGCGGCGACAAUUUCCUUGGAUCCUUUUGCGACUGGGUCAGCACAAGCACGAUGGCCGGCGGCUACGCCCAGCCAAGGGAUUACAUGGGCGAGGGUUGGUACCGAUUCACUGGAGCUGCGGGGACGCGCCUGUUCGACGUAGCCCUCGACGGGACGGGAGUGACCAUCGCGUCCUGCGGUUCAAACAAUUUCGGUUGCCCGUGCAGCGGCAAGCCCAUCACCCUCGAGCGCGGAGGCCACCCCUCGGUCGAGGACGGAGAGGUGGAGAGGACGCUCGGGCCUUGGCAAGGUGUGGGAGUCUCUAUCAAAAUCAAGAUCAUCAACUGCCCGGCAGGCUACUACGUGUACCACCUCCCUGGCGCACCACUCUGCGACAUGAGCUUCUGCGGCGGUGGCGAGGCCGAGCCGGACGCGAACGGUUUCAGCCCGCCGGAGUGGAGGACUGCUGCGCAAGUUGCGGGCCGCUAG